ACAGCUCCCAGCAUGCCCCGCGCGCCGCGCUCGGCUCCUUCCGCCCUGCCUCGGCUGCGCUCGCUGAUUGGCCGGUCUGUUGCGGCCCUUCCUCUGGCCGCGGCGAUUGGCGGCGGCAGCAGCGGCGCAGCCAAUGGGGAGAAGGGGGCGGGGCCAGCUCGGCCUGGUGGCGGGAAGUGCGGAGCCGGGGCUGAUUUGGCGCGAGAAGCUGUAACCCCCGCCAUGGCCAGCAGCAGCCCGCAGAGCCAGCCCACCAUCGGCUUCCCCCGCACGAGGAGCGCCCGACGCCUCGCUGCCCCCUCGGCCAAGAGCGACCCCGACGCCCCUGCUCUGCGCCCCUCGCCGCGUUCCAAGGCCUCGGGCUCCUCCGGCCAGGCCAGCCCGGACACACGCUCAAGCCGGGCCACAGUGCAGACCCUGAGCCCCAAAGCGCAGCCCCUGAGCCCCCGAAAACGCCUGGGUGAUGACAACCUGUGCAAUGUCCCCCAUGCCUUAUCUUGCUCCCCGGCCAAACGCAGCAAGGAGAACCAGGGGCGUCGCCUGCUCUUUGGGGACCCCUCGGCCUCCCCCGAGCAGCCCAAGGGCUUGGGGCCAUCCCCACGGAGUGGGGGGCCAGAGACCCCCCGGAGCUCAGGGCUCAACGGGCAGCAGCCACGCACCCGGCUCUUCAGGCAGGAAGGUACCUGUUACCAGCAGGCCAAGCAGGUGCUGCACGCGGCCGUGCCCGAGCGGCUGCAGGGCAGGGAGAAGGAGACGGGGCUGCUGCGGCAGUUCCUGCUGGAACACGUCCUGGGGCGCCGGCCCGGCAGCCUCUACGUGUCCGGAGCCCCUGGGACUGGCAAAACAGCCUGUCUGAGCCGUGUUCUGCUCGACUGCAAGGACAAGCUGGCUGGCAGCAGGACUGUGGUGCUGAACUGCAUGGCACUGGGCAGCCCCCACAGCGUCUUCCCUGCCCUGGCACAGCAGCUGGGGCUGCCCAUGGCCACUGGCCGGGAGCGUAUCAGGAGCCUGGAGAAGCAUCUGACGGCCCAGGGGCCCAUGGUCCUCCUGGUGCUGGAUGAGCUGGACCAGCUGGAGAGCAAAGGCCAGGACGUGCUCUACACCCUCUUUGAGUGGCCCCAGCUGCCCAGCUCCAGGCUCGUCCUCGUGGGGUUGGCCAAUGCCCUGGACCUGACAGACAGGAGCCUGGCCAGGCUGGGAGCCCACCUGGCUGGCAAGCCCCGGCUGCUGCACUUCCCACCCUACACCAAGGAGCAGCUCACCCUCAUCCUGCAGGAGAGGCUGGGACAGGUGGCAGGUGACCCCGUCCUGGACUCUGCUGCACUCCAGUUCUGUGCCCGCAAGGUCUCUGCAGUCUCUGGUGAUGCUCGCAAGGCCUUGGAUGUCUGUAGGCGUGCCGUGGAGGUGGUGGAGCUGGAGGUGCGAGGCCAGACCCUGCUGAAGCCACUGCCCAGGGGUGACUCCCCGGUGUCCCCUGUCCCCAAGCGCGUGGGGCUCCUGCACAUCUCCCGGGUGCUCUCGGAGGUGUUUGGGGACCGCCUGGCAGGGGGGUCCCUGGGGGCCCAGGACACCUUCCCCCUGCAGCAGAAGGUGCUGCUCUGUUCCCUGCUCCUGCUUGCCCGGCGCUCCCACGCCCGUGUGGUGACCCUGGGGAAGCUCCACGACACCUACAGCCAGGUGUGCCGGCGGCAGCAGCUCCCUGCCGUCGACCAGGCCGAGUGUCUGUCCCUUGUCACCCUCCUGGAGUCCCGCGGUGUCCUCGAGCUCAAGAGGGCCAAGGAGGCCCGGCUGGCCAAGGUUUCCCUGAUGCUGGAGGAGGCAGCUCUGGAGCACAGGCUGCAGGACACGGCGCUGGUGGGCAGCAUCCUCACCCAGGGGCUGCACUAACGCCCUCCCUCUGGUCCCAAGGGGGGUUUUGCUGCUGUUGGCAAGAGCAGAGAAGUGGCUCCCAAGGUUUUGGACAUUUGUCAAGUUCUGCCCUGGGGACUGUCAGUCUGGGGUCUUUUUAUUAAUAUUUUAAUGUAAUAAUAUUAUUAAUGUUUUAUUGUAAUUGCUGCAUGAUGGGAGCUUAGGUGGGAGGCUGGGACACCCCUCAGCCCCUCUGUGGCCCCCACAGCCUUUGUGUAGGGAGUGGGGUGCUCCUGGUCCCCCUUGUCACCCUGGUGUGUCAUCCUGAGCUUUGGUGUUGUUCCUGCCAUGAAUCCUGGACCAUAUUUGCUCCCAACUCUUUCAGAGCCUUCUGGGGCUCUCUGGAACCUUCUUGACCACUCUGGCUGCAGGGAGAAUCUCCCCAGUGCUCUGGGUCCCAGUGCUGGCAGUGGCACAGGAGGGGCAGGGACCUCUGUGGGGGGAGAGGACACGGUGCAUCCUUUUAUCUUCUGCCAUGAAAUAAAGUCAUUUUGGUUCA